AUGCUUUUUGGAGAUUCAAACGACACUACUGAUCCAGCAAAGUUCGAAAACUGGAAAACAAAAAUUACUGCCUACUGUCAGAAGCUCUCGGCAGAGGUCAAGGGCCCAUAUAACAUUGCUGAUUCUGAAUUGCCGCUGGAUGAUGUCCUAGAGAGCGGUAUCAAUGCAAUUGAGUUUGGUGAAAAAUUCUUGCUGACUGAGGAAAAAGAAAUCACCGAGCUCGAGGGCACCGUUCUUGCCAAAAAGAUUGCCGCUGGAGAAAUAUCUUCUGUGCAAGCGUUUGAAGCCUACGCCAAGAGAGCUGUUAUUGCCCAUCAAUUGACGAACUGUGCCAUGGAGCUUUUCUUGGACGAAAGCUUGCAAAGAGCAAAAGACCUUGACGAAUACUUUACCAAGAACGGAAAAGUAGUAGGUGUCUUGCACGGUUUGCCGGUUUCUGUGAAAGAACAUCUAGACAUCAAGGGGAAGGUCACGCACUCCAGUUUUGUGGGUUGGUUGGACCACGUGUCGUCUGAAACCUCUAUUAGUGUGCAGAAUUUGUAUGAUCAAGGCGCAAUUCUUUAUGUGAGAACCUCAGAGCCUCAAACGAUGAUGCAUUUGUGUUCCAACAACAACAUCACGGGAAAAACCAGAAACCCGUGGAACACGAAGCUAACUCCGGGCGGGUCUUCUAGUGGAGAGGGUGCCAUUGCUGCUAUGAAAGGCAGUGUUUUUGGAUUGGGUAGUGAUAUUGGGGGAUCAGUAAGGGCUCCUGCAGCAUUCUGUGGCGUUUGGGGUCUCCGUCCUUCGUCAAAGCGUCUCUCUUUAAAACACACUUCUUGUGGAUAUGUUGACCAGGUUCAAGAGCUAGUGUUUCCAGUUUUAGGUCCGCUAGCCCGAAGCGCAGAUGAUUUGGAUCUUUUCAUGAAGGCCAUCAUCGACAAGGAGCCGUGGAAAACGGACGCUGAGGUGCUCCCGAUUCCCUGGAGAGAUGCUCCAGAGCCCAAGCCCCAAACAUUGAAAAUCGCUAUAAUCUACGAUGAUGGCUAUGUAAAGCCGACGCCGCCAAUCAUCAGGGGCUUGAAAACCGCGGCUAAGAAGCUUGUUGACGCCGGCGUGAGUGUUGUUGAAUGGGACAACAUCAAUGUCAAGGAAAUCGUGGAGGCAACGUACGCAGGAUACAACUACGAUGGAAACCACACACAGAAAAAACAACUUGCUGUAUCUGGUGAACCUCUUUUGCCAUUAACGGCUAAGACGUUUUCUUUUGGCUGUGGGGAUGCCGGGCUUUCUGGUCUCGAUGUGCAGAAGCUUUGCUACAUCAGAGACAAAAACAGGAACCAGUACUUGAUGCAGAUGAAUGACCAAGGCAUUGACUUUAUCUUGUCACCGACGUACGUCUCGGUGGCAUCAAAGCCAGAAACUAUCCACUAUUGGGGAUAUACCAAUCUCUGGAAUAUGCUUGAUUUCCCCAAUGUGAUUUUUCCAACGGGCAUUCAUGUGGACUCCGAGUUGGAUGCAAAGGAUACCACAUACGUUGCUCGGAAUGACGUUGAAGAAUAUGAAUACGGACUUUACACUAGUCCGGAAGAUUUUUUGGGUGCUCCAGUGGCACUUCAAUUGACUGGGAGAAGAUACACAGAUGAAACAGUCGUCAAGGCCGCAAAAGUCUUGCAAGCUAUCAUCAGCAAAUAG